AUGGUGACACCCCAACUGCAAGUCACAAAGAAAUGGAGGCUCUCAUUCAAUUUUCAAGCAUCUCCUGAGGACCAGGAAGUGUUUUCUUCUCAAAGGGCACUUCCACUGAUGAAAACAAAGUGGAAAGAAAGAUGUUCAGGUAGAGAGAAGGGAGGCACCUGUCCCCGUUGCAUCUUGGGAGCCAAAUAUAUUCUCUUUGGUGUACAAAACCGAGAACUCACUCCAGUCUCCCUAGUACCACUGAAGAGAGAAGAAAAAAAAGAAUGCCAGCAAAACAAUAAGAGCAUUUGCCCAAAUCUACCUAUUGCAGCUGGGAGAAGGGGGUCAAAGCAAGGAUCUUUCGCCCAUAGAAAGAGAGCACUGACCCUGAUGGCAAUAGACUAUUUAAGCCCUAACUCAGCCAACCUUACUUAUAGCAUAAGGGAGCAUAGCGUUUGUGUAGACAAAGGGGGCACUUGGCCUUAUACCUCGUUAGAGAAGAGAAACAGGGUGUAG